UAAAUAGGAGUCGACAGGCAGCAUCGAAGUAUUCCUCUGGUGACACUCGUCCAAGCUAUAAUGAGGCUCCUGAGUUCUCUGCUGAUUGUGGUGCUGGUUGUGGCCGCGUUGUUGGCGAGCCUAGCCGACGGCUGUGAAAAAGGACCGACCACGUCGACCACGGCAGCAACGGCAGCAGAAGGCGCAUCUGAGUCUGAAGCUAUCACAACAGCAGCGCCCCGGCGCAGACGAGACCUGCAAGACAGUUGGAAGCAGGCAUCACAGGGUGGUGGUUUCGGUGGUCAUACCGAGGGUGAAAUGGGAGCUGGUGCUGAAGGAUUCGGAGGAGGAGCAAAAGCGAAGAUGGGUUUUUCGUUUGGCGCAGGCGCAAACGCUGGAGCUGGCGCAGACCAGUAGUUUCUGCUUGGGCUACCCAGCGAAUCCCAUCUCUGAACACCUGCUUACGUCACAGAAGUAGAAUAGAAGCAGUUGUAUCAUUUCAUUACAAAAUUGAAAGGAACAUGCAAAUGUGAAUCAUGAAAUGUAGAUGAUCUUAGAAGAAGAACUGCUAAUUAAUCAAACAUAUUCUGUCUGGCUUAGUCACAGGACUGUAAUGUGAGAAGGGUGUAUGUUGUGUCUGUAGUUUUGUGUUAAUUCACACAAAGGUAAUAAUAAAUUCAAUUAUGCUGUG